AUGCCGUCUUGGUGCCCUAUCCUGUGUCGCCUAGCCAUGCUACUCUGUGUGUGGGCACCAUGCCAGGCCCAGUCGGACACCGAGCUUCCCCCUGGCACCCCCAUCAUCCAGCUGCGUCUGGCAGGGGACAAACGAAAGCAUUACGAGGGCCGGGUGGAGGUCUACUACAAUGGCGAGUGGGGCACGGUGUGCGACGACGACUUCUCUAUCCAUGCGGCCAACAUAUUGUGCAGAGAGCUGGGCUACGUGGAGGCCAUGUCCUGGUCCCCGUCCUCCAAGUACGGCAAGGGAGAAGGUCGGAUCUGGCUGGAUAACGUCCACUGUUCGGGGCGGGAGAGAACACUGGCUCAGUGUAAGUCCAAUGGCUUCGGAGUGUCCGACUGCAAACACUCUGAGGACGUGGGAGUGGUGUGUAACCAGAGACGCAUCCCCGGCUUCAAGUUCAUCAGUAGCUUCACCAACAGUGUGGAGAGUCUGAAUGUCCAGAUAGAAGAGGUGCGUAUCCGGGCUAUCUACUCCCAGCGUAAGAGGGUCCCCAUCACAGAGGGCUACCUGGAGGUGAAGGACGGGGGGAAGUGGAGACAGAUCUGUGACGAAGAGUGGACAGAGAUGAACAACAGGGUCAUCUGUGGGAUGUACGGCUUUCCUGGAGAGAAAGGAUACAACACUAAAGUCUACAAGCUGCUGGCCAAGCGGAGGAAGAAGAACUACUGGGACUUCGGGGUGAACUGCACAGGGAACGAGGCCAGCCUGCAUGGCUGUAAGCUGGGCCCCAAGGUGGAGCUGAAGGGGAACGCCACCUGUGAGAAGGGGAUGCCCGUGGUGGUGAGCUGUGUUCCAGGACGGGUAUUUGCUCCCAGCUAUACCCAGGGCUUCAGCAAGGCCUACAGGGUGGAGCAACCCGUGGUGCGUCUGAGAGGUGGGGCCAACACAGGAGACGGGCGAGUGGAGGUGCUGAAGAACGGCGAAUGGGGCACCGUCUGUGAUGACAGCUGGAACCUAAAGGCAGCGUCCGUGGUGUGUCGAGAACUGGGCUUCGGGAGUGCAAAGGAGGCCCUCGCUGGAGGCAGGCUGGGACAAGGAAUGGGCCCAGUCCAUAUGAAUGAGGUGGAGUGCUCUGGCUUUGAGAAGUCCCUCACAGAGUGUUACUUCAACAGAGAUGCCCUGGGCUGCAGUCACGAGGAGGACGCUGCGGUUAGAUGUAAUGUUCCUGCCAUGGGCGUCCAGAACAAACUGCGUCUGAGCGGUGGGCGGAACCCGUUUGAGGGGCGUGUGGAGGUGCUGGUGGAGAAGAAUGACUCGCUGGUGUGGGGCACAGUGUGUAGUGAUAGCUGGGGCACCAUGGAGGCCACGGUCGUGUGCAGGCAGCUGGGCCUUGGGUUCGCCAGCAACGCCUUCCAGGAGACGUGGUACUGGCCGGGAGACGUGAGGGCUGAUGACGUGGUGAUGAGUGGGGUCAGGUGCUCAGGAACAGAGAUGACCUUGGCCCAAUGCCUCCAUCACGGGAAACACCUCCACUGCCCUCGAGGGGGAGGGCGCUUCGCUGCUGGAGUAUCCUGCUCCGAGUCGGCCCCAGACUUGGUUCUCAACGCUCAGGUGGUGGAACACACCACCUACCUGGAGGACCGGCCAAUGUACAUACUGCAGUGUGCUAAUGAGGAGCACUGUCUGUCCAGCAGCGCUGCCACCGCCACACCCUCCUCCUACCGUCGCCUGAUGCGCUUCUCCUCCCAAAUCCACAACAACGGACGGUCCGACUUCCGCCCCAGGGCUGCACACAACUCCUGGGUCUGGCACGACUGCCACAGACACUACCACAGCAUGGAGGUGUUCACCCACUAUGACCUGCUGAGCCUCAAUGGCACCAAGGUAGCAGAGGGACACAAGGCCAGUUUCUGUCUGGAGGACACCCAAUGUGAAGAGGGUACUGAGAAGAGGUACGAGUGUGCUAACUUCGGACAGCAGGGCAUCACUGUUGGCUGCUGGGAUACGUACAGACACGACAUCGACUGUCAGUGGAUAGACGUGACAGACGUCGUGCCAGGAGACUACAUCUUCCAGGUUGUAAUCAACCCCGACUAUGAGGUGGCAGAGUCCGACUACACCAACAACAUUAUGAAGUGCAGAUGUCGAUACGAUGGCCACCGGAUAUGGACGUACAACUGUCAUAUAGGUGGCUCAGUGAGUUCUGAGUCAGAGGAAUCCUCUUUCCCUGGCCUCUUGAAUAACCAGCUGGGACACAGGUAGUGUGGAUGGA